AUAGAUCACAUAUAAGCAUCACACAUGUCUGUUGACGAAUACCUCCAGCAGAUCUACUACCACUUCCAGACGCUGGUGUUAGAGCCGCAGCAGCUCUCGCCGCUUCUUCUGCCUGACCCGAUGAUCAAUAGACGGCUCCCCGCGCUCCAGCAGGAACUCCAGCGGUACGGGACACCCCAGCAGCUCAAUGCUCUCAUAAACGCCAACAACGGCCGCAAUGAAAUUCACGCGCUAAAUAACCUAGUUGCUGCGUUGCUCCGAUACAUCCGGGAUGUGGCACCGUCCUCGAAGCUCGCGUCGGUGGAUCUCGUUGUUGAGUAUUUCCAGGCGCUCUGUACUGCGUUUAAUAACCCGAAGCUCGCGCCGAAACUCACGCUAACGGUUGUGGAAAUGACCAAGUUUGCCAUGGCGUUGUGCAAGCAGUGCGAUCGCGCGACCGGCGGCGGAGAGAAUGGCUUUCCACGGCUCACAUUCCUCAAGUCUGCCUUGACGAGUGUCUUCACGGGUGUGGUGAUGGAGAUGAAACAGGAAUUCACCACCAAUCCAAACUACGUCAUCGAUCCCGCGCUCCACCCCACUGACCGCAAGUGCAUUAUCGUCUUCUUGGUCAACCAACUCUGCCGCGUGUACUUCACCAUCGGCGCACCCAUGUCGUGCGCCAACAUCUUCCUGAACCUCCGCACGAUUCCCUUGGCUUGGGGUUCGUUUUCGCUCGCGUUGCAGCUCGAAUAUAAGUACUGGCUUGGGCGCUACUACUUGAUCAACCAGAAUUUGGUCCAGGCGUAUGAUGCGUUGAAAUGGGCCUGGGACCACUGUCCGCACGUCCCAGGACCCAACCACACCCGAAUUUUGCGCUACUUGGUUCCUUGCGGUCUUGUGCUCGGCAAGAAACUCAAUUUCAACUCAGUUUUGGCCGACCGCACCAUUCUUCAGCUCUACCAGCCUUUAUACCACCAUCUGGCACGUGGAAACAUCUACGCAUUCAACGCGCACCUUCAUCAGCACGAGGCCAUCUUCACGCAGCACCAGGUGCUUACCUUGCUCGUUUCCAAGACCCAGAUCCUCAUCGUGCGCAACCUCUUCCGCAAAAUCUACCUCAAUCUUGGAGCCUCGCCAAAGCUCCACUACGACGCCUUGCUCGUGGGGUUACGCGUCGCCGCGACACCGUCCCUGGGUCAACCCCCGCUCCCUGCGUUGUACGACUUUUUUUCCCAUACCAGCGGUCAAACAGGUCCCCAGAAUGACUUGCUCCUCGAGAAUAUAUUGGUCGCGCUCAUAGACCAAGGCUUGAUGAAGGCGCAUAUUUUUAACUCCCUUCGCUUGGCCAACUGCGCCAAGACCGACGAUAAGGCCUGGGUCCACGUACCAACCGUCUACCGCACCCGGUUUGUGCAAAAGCAAUGAUAGAGUUUUUUUCUUCAAUGAAUAUUUAAUGUAGGUAAUUUAAUUUUAAAUGGUCG